AUGACGAAUACAGAUGAAUCGGAGAGCUGCGGCAGCAGAGCCGUCGUGGCUUCGCCGUCCAAGGAGAACCCUAGACAAUACCGGAUGAAACUCGAUGUCUACGGCGAAAUCUUACAGCGGCUCCAGGAAUCUAACUAUGAGGAAGCCGCUCUACCUGAUUUCGAGGAUCAGCUUUGGCAACAUUUCAAUCGUCUUCCUGCUCGAUAUGCACUCGAUGUUAAAGUUGAGAGAGCAGAAGAUGUUCUCACACAUCAGAGACUACUGAAACUGGCGGAAGAUCCUGCAACGAGGCCUGUGUUUGAUGUUCAUAGUGUACAGGUUGCUCCCAGAAACUCUGCUGACUCUGACCCUGCGUUGGAGGAAGAUGCUCAAAGCUCUAGCCACACAAGUGGACAGGGGGUUCUUGCACCUCCAACUUUUGGCUCUUCUCCAAAUUUUGAGGCGAUUACUCUUGGAAAUAAAAUUGUUGAAGAUGUUGAUAGUGCUGUUAAUGCAACUCUGACUACUCGACCGAUGCAUGAGAUCACCUUCUCAACCAUCGACAAGCCUAAACUCCUUAGUCAGCUUACUUCCCUGCUUAGUGAGCUUGGAUUGAAUAUUCAAGAGGCUCAUGCUUUCUCCACUGUCGAUGGUUUUUCUUUGGAUGUCUUUGUUGUCGAUGGUUGGUCUCAGGAGGAAACAGACGGUUUAAAAGAUGCAUUAAGCAAGGAGAUUCUGAAGCUUAAGGAUCAACCUGGUUCUAAACAGAAAUCUAUUACUUUCUUUGAGCAUGACAAAUCUAGCAACGAGCUGAUACCCGCCUGCAUUGAAAUACCCACGGAUGGAACUGACGAGUGGGAGAUUGACGUGAAACAGCUCAAAAUUGAAAAGAAAGUGGCAUCUGGUUCAUAUGGGGAUCUGCAUAAAGGCACUUACUGCAGUCAGGAAGUGGCUAUCAAAUUCCUCAAGCCUGAGCGUGUGAACACGGAGAUGCUUAGAGAAUUUUCUCAAGAAGUUUAUAUUAUGAGGAAAGUCCGCCAUAAAAACGUUGUCCAGUUUUUGGGUGCAUGCACACGAUCUCCCACCCUCUGUAUUGUGACUGAGUUUAUGGCUCGGGGGAGCAUUUAUGAUUUUCUUCACAAACAGAAAUGCGCUUUCAAACUUCAAACGUUGCUUAAAGUUGCACUUGACGUUGCAAAAGGGAUGUGCUAUCUGCAUCAAAACAAUAUCAUCCACAGGGAUCUUAAGACUGCAAAUCUUCUUAUGGAUGAACAUGGACUUGUCAAGGUUGCUGAUUUUGGAGUUGCCAGAGUACAGAUUGAGUCAGGGGUCAUGACAGCCGAAACAGGAACUUAUCGAUGGAUGGCUCCAGAGGUCAUUGAACACAAGCCUUACAGUCACAAAGCUGACGUGUUCAGUUAUGCGAUAGUGCUAUGGGAACUUUUGACUGGUGAUAUACCAUAUGCUUUCUUGACUCCACUACAGGCGGCUGUUGGCGUUGUUCAGAAGGGGCUUAGACCAAAAAUUCCAAAGAAAACACACCCAAGAGUGAAGGGACUUCUAGAGAGAUGCUGGCAGCAAGAGCCGAAGGAAAGGCCAGACUUUGAGGAAAUCAUAGAAAUGCUUCAACAGAUAAUGACUGAAGUAAACGUCGUACCAUGA